GUCACAGCAAUGUCGCACAGACAUUCUCAGAGGCUUGGGACCCUCGAAUAAAGUGAAAAAAACUAACGGUCCCGGAAGAGGACUUGGGCAGUGCCCAGAUUCGAACACGGGACCCCUCACUUGCAAGUCGCGACGAAAACGCGCACAGGCUGUGUGGGACAGGGUUUAUGCACUUCCUAAAAGAUAAAAAGACAAAUGCGUAAUGAAUGAGUGUUGGUAAACUUUCUUGGUGCUUCUCAGCAGCAUUUUCAGUGGGGCAAAAGCGCCUCUGAGACAGAGUAAGAGACUGAGAAUGUGGUUUGCCUCGUUUGUAGUAAACAGAGCGUCCGCCGGAAUAAUAUUAUCAGUGUGGGUAAUUGUUUCAAUCUCGGCGUCUGCUUCUUAUGGCGGAGAAGAAGACGGAUGGAAAACAGCUUCUGCAACUUUCUACGGAGACUCUGACGCCCUCGGCACCAUGGCAGGUGCCUGUGGAUACGGAGAUUUAUACAGGCAAGGCUAUGGAAUCAAUACGGCAGCUCUUAGCAGUGAUCUAUUUUUAGGCGGGCAGUCCUGUGGUGCCUGUUUUGAACUGAAAUGCGUAGAUGAUAUAGUUUAUUGCCACCAUGGAACAUCAAUUACAGUUACGGCGACUAACUUUUGUCCACCCAACUAUGGCGUCCCAGGAGAUGCAGGAGGGUGGUGCAACCCACCGCUAAAGCAUUUCAUAUUGCCUGUUUCUGCCUUCGAGAAGAUAGCUGUCUGGAAGAUAGGGAACAUGCAUGUCCAAUACAGAAGAGUAAGCUGUGUGAAGGAAGGAGGAAUGAGGCUCACCAUAAAUGGGCAGGACCAUUUUUAUCUGGUUCUGAUUAGUAAUGUUGCAGGGGAUGGGGCUGUCACGGGUGUUAAAAUGAAGGGUUCGAAGACAGGGUGGUUGCCCAUGGGCAGGAACUGGGGACAGAAUUGGCACUUGAGUACUGAUCUUAAGGGGCAGCCUUUGUCCUUUGAGGUAACUACCAGUGAUGGGAGGACUGUUACUUCUUACAACGUUGCUCCCUCUAAUUGGGAGUUUGGCCAGACUUACAAGGGGAAACAAUUUUAAUGCAAUGUAAAACAAUAUCUGGGUUUUUUGCACAUUGGAAUUGACCCGGGACCUCCCUUGCACAGCAACCAGAAUAGUUCAGAAUGCAGAAAAAUAACAGGAUACUGGUGUUUAUUGGGGCUAGUUUUGUAUGUUAUUUCAGAGGGUCAUAAUUUUAACAAAAGAAUCCUGUUUAUGUAAGAUUUUGUUAAGGUAAAAUACAGAGGGUCUCGAGGUAAGAUUUUAUUGUGGUUGAUAUUUGAAGAUGGACAGGGUGUUCUUUUGAAGAACUUCGAAAAUAGAAGGUUAAAGGUCACUGGCAAGCCUGAUAUCAAUUUGGCAUGGGAGACUUGACUCCUUAGAAUACCAUAAGGAGAUUUCUUUCCAUAUGCUGUAUAUAGUAUUCAAUUUUUUGUACCUCUAGACCAAGGUGAGGAAUAAACUAAACCUUGGCAGAUUGUAAGUGUUUAGUUAGGUUUUUGAUUUAGGUCAUUCACUAUAAAUUGUGUGAAAAUUGGUUAAGUAAGAAAGGAUUGAAAAUUGUAAGUGUAGUUGGCUGAUGGAAAGGAUAAUUAUUUUUAAUAUUUUAUUAUAAAUGAAUCGAAGUGUUAUUAUUCUUUUUA